UGCUGUCAACCCGGGGGGAACGUCCAAAGGUGGGAGGAGACUCGUCCGGAUUGGAUUCUGCGGCGUACGCCGGCCGCGAAUCACUCCAACUAUUGAGCAGUAGUCGCUGUUGAUGAGCUGACCUAAAUCAGGUGGCAUUCCGCAAAAGCCGCAGUCGGCUGCCGUCCCUUGACCUCAACAAUGAGCUUCAAUCUACUGUGACCGUCCAUCCAUGCAUUUUCAACAGCGCUCAUCCCGGUUAGGGUCCCCAGCUGACUCCGGGCGAAAGGCGGUCUAGACCCCGAAGCGGUCGCCAAUCAGUCGCAGGGCACGUCUAGACACGGACGACCGUUCGCACUCGCAUUCGCAUUCGCGCCGCCCCUGAGCGGGAACUGAACCCACGCUGCCUGCACCAAAGCCAGGCGAGGGGACCGCUACCCCGUCGGCGACCUUACUGUGACCGGCACAGGUAUAUAAUACAAACUUGCUUGUCUUCUUCGGGUUCCGUAUUCCUACACAAUAGAUUUUUAUGAUCGUUCUCUUUCUCGCAUAAUCCUAUUGCCUCACGUGUCUCGUUAGAUACGCGUCUUGUUAUUUACACCGAAACGCUUAAACAAUGUUGUGCCAUGAAUGUUACAGUGCACGCUGGGAAUUAUGGGCAUUUAUUACAGUGCACGAGUUGUUCAUUUCUGUAAAUUCUAGUUAUUUACCACAUAUUAGACAGUAGAACUCGUGUGAAGUGAUUUUACAGUCAUUAAAUAUCGUUUCUACUGCAUCAUGGGAUUUUGUUUGCUGUCACGCACAUUGUGAACAGAGAGUUUGUUUGUAUUCAUUGUGGCGCCGGUGAAGGAAAACGGGAGCUUUUUAGGCUUGCACAAGAAGUAGGCCGACCCGAGCAAUCCCGAGGCAGUACACGCUUGUCGCUCGUACGUCACCAGGUAACGCUUCGCUUGGCCUAUAGCAGAACCGGCCAGGAUGGGACUAUCGCACACGACCCACAGUCAGGGUUUCGUGAAAACAAAGUGCAACAAGAAUGCAAUGCGACACGCACAACGCACUACGGGUAACAAACACACGUGAUUUGUGUUACGUUCAUCCUUAUCGUUCGCGAACAUUCCGAAUUAACGUCCUUUUUACGGGAACAGUUCAACAUUGCGCGGCACGGUGCGUGCCGGGAACCACCCAGUUCCGCAAUGGUGCUGCUUUCAAACUUAGCUUAGCAUUAGGAGGCCGCGCUCACGGUCGAAUCCAAUAUUUUAUUGUGAAAUAACGCAGUAAUAUGCUGAUUUCACAGCACUUUAGUGAAUUUGUACAAGUCUGCAUUAAAUCCUGCGAAAGUGAAAUUUCAAAUUGACACAGAGUAAGUGACUGUGUUUUUGUUUUUACAGUCAUUGGUCGUUUUAAAAAACGACAGUGACCCUGCAUGACCGAACCCAAAAUCUCGUGAUGCGGUGGAAACUACACUUCAUUACUGUUGAAUCACUUUGAAGGAUUGUACUGUCCGCUAUGCGGUGAACAACUGUACAAUUGACAGAAAUGAUUCUCCAAAACCUUUGUGUGCUCGAAAGGCCAUUUCCAGACGCUGAAAACAGAGCUCCGGGAUGUCCUUCGGCUCACGCUAUCUGCUUCCUCUCCUGCCACCGCGACACAGCUCAGAGGGUCCGCAAACUCUGCAUUGGGCCCCGCGCACAAUGGCGAAAAGGCUGAGGCAAGCACGCCAUUCAUCCCGCCUGCGGUGAUCCUAUUCCCUGCCUCGGUAUUAAUGAGCCCCUUAGCUAAGUUUACUGUCAGCCCUCGUUAGAGGAGGCUGGACAAGACAAGUGGAUAAUGAAAGAGAGUCGAUGCAUCGCACGCCUGACAGAAGUGACUCGACCGGAUCGACUGCAUCGACGGCCGCCGAAAGACGCAGAGGACAGAAAUACAGAAAUGACAAUCGGCUGCUGGAGCAACUCAUGCGUUGCAGCUGCAUCUUUGUCCUUGUUCGAACAUCCCGUUGGCUCUCGCGCGUCGACAUACAGUGCGUCUCGUGAACAAAAAGUACUGGCCCCUUUCUCAACUUCUUCUACUUUCGCUUACUUCCCCCACUUUCAUCUUUAAGAUCAAACAAAUAUAACCCAAGUGAACUGUUUCAAAAUGAUGAUUUCGUUCAUUAAGAAAAAAAAUAACUAUUCAAAGUUACCUGGCCCUGUGUGAAAAGUCACGACCGCCUUUGUUAAAUCACGAAUCGUGGAUAAUCCCAAUUUUGGGUUGGUCUACACUGAUCACACCCGAGCGAGCUGGAUGACCUGAGAAAUCACUUCGACGGAACCAAAUCGAGCCGGACAAAAGAUCUAAAAAAGAUCUACUUUUCCUCAACAAAAUGACCUUCUGCGCUUCAUUUACUCAGCCAAGACAUUAUUAUGGUCUUCAUUUGUUUUGGUCAUUACAGGGUUACAUACAAACGAAUAUUCAUCAUCGUAAUCGUUCCCAUGAAACCGCUUGGAGGGCUGGAGUAGGAUCGCAAAAGAGAACAAAUCCAGAUAAAGGCGUGAACCCGAGAUUUGAAAUGCGGCGCACGCGGGAGGCCCGACCUGCGAUGUUCCAAAUGAAACGGAAGUGGCAUUAUUAAAUAGAAGGAUUUUGCAUUCAAUUCUUCACUCACGUGUCCCCGACUGGGAAAUCGCGAGAAGUUAGGCACUCUCGAGCCGCUGCGCUUCAUUGAAUGAUUCGAUGGAGUUGUUAUGUCUUGUCUAUGUUUAAAGUCGCCUGCCAAGGGCCCACCAAUGCAAAUUAGCGGCAUGCAAAUUUGGACUGCUGUUCAUUGACGUGCAUUGUCCCUUUUAACUAAAUACUGUAAAUAGAGAAAUAAAUUGUCUCUUGCAAUUACCAAGAAGUGGAGUUUGAACGAGAUAAGGCUCAGUGCAUGUUUACAAAUAUGCAAAUGAGGCUCUUGUCUUGAGGACGGAGGCAAAUGAUGGGGAAUGAACCCUCACGGCGCAGGUGUGUUACUUGAGGUUAAAGGCCGGCCUCGGGAGGCGUUUCUGCCCCAUUCGGAGGGACUCGUUCACCAGCGACGCUCGCCCUUCGGAACAGCUUCCCGGCACCGAAUGGCCGUCUCGCCGGCUUCCGGCUUUGCGAGAUGGGUGGCGCCUCGGGUGACGGAAGGAGAACGCGAGGAGGGAGAGUCGGCCUGAGCAAAUGUCAACACGAGGAGCGAGAGCUGAUGCCUCUGGAGUUCGACGAGUUGCGAGAGGCCUUCAAGGAGUUUGACUACGACGCGGACGGCUUCAUACAUUACAAAGACAUCGCCGACUGCAUGAGGACCAUGGGCUACAUGCCGACCGAAAUGGAACUGAUCGAGAUCAUCCAGCAGAUCAAGAUGAGAUGUGGCCAAAACGCAUCCCAUCCGAACAGAUUCACGCGCGCUCAAAACGUCCUCGCCCGGUACGCCGCCCAGCUAGUCAGCGCGCUCUUCUGGCCUCGCGCAGGGGGCGGCCACGUGGACUUCGACGACUUCUGCCAGUUAAUGGGCCCCAGGAUGCUGGCGGAGACCGCUCACAUGCUCGGGCUCAAGGAGCUGCGCUGCGCCUUCAAACAGUUCGACUGCAACGGGGACGGUAAGAUCACGCCGGAGGAGCUGAAGGACGGCAUGAAGACCCUCCUCGGCGAGAAGCUGAAGAAGGGCGAGCUGGAGGAGAUCCUCGGUGACAUCGACCUAAACAAAGAUGGCCACAUCGACUUUGACGAGUUCGCGAUGAUGCUCUCUGCUCGGUGAGCUCCGACGGCCGAUGAGGACGGCGCCGCGACCUGCUUUCCUUCACUUUGUCCCGUGACACGCGUGUGCAUUAUUUGUGGUGUGUAGUAAAAGAGAAAUAGUCAGACAUUUUACGUUCGCAAUGGAGGGGAUUUAGUGCAAAGGGUGAGUUGUGACGACGCAUUUUCUGGAAGCGUCGAUGCCGCUCUGUCGCCCCCUCGUGGCUGCGGAGGGUACCGCGUUCGCGCAUACAGAGGGGCGACCUGUGGUUCCAGCGCUCUGUGGGAGCCACAAGCGAGUCACCAGCAAGUCUGCAGUCGUCACCUUCGAGUCUCGGGCGAGUCCCAAGUUCCUGUCCAGCCAAGUCGGAAGUAGGAAAUCAACUCACUCGCUCAAAACAGAUUGGGAGUGAGAAGCCAAUGUUUUUCCACUUAUUGGAGCAAAAUGUCCAUUUCAAAAUCAAAAUGCGUUCCAUGAACGACGUUUGAAAUCAAUGUAUGUAUACCAUUAUUAUUACCAUAUAAAAGAAUACGUUAUUUGUUUCCCCUAACGUUUACAUGAGUGUUACAGCUGCCAAUAUACCCAUUAUUUUCAAAUAUACUUUAUGUGCGAGUAAAGGGGUUUCAAACCAGUUUAAAACUA